CACGAGGUAAACACGGCUCCCAUGGCAAUUAGAAUGGAAUGAUACGUGGAGAAGCCUUGACCAGUCCGCUUCUCACCGAUCAUCAUGUACGGUUUUGUGAAUUACGCCCUCGAGCUGCUGGUUGUGAAGACCUUUGACAGCGAGACGUGGGAGGCGAUAAAGAAAGAUGCCGCGGUUAAUAUGGAAGGACAGUUUCUGGUUCGGCAGAUAUACGAUGAUGAAAUUACGUAUAACAUCAUAUCGGCAGCUGUCAAUCGACUCAACAUCCCAGCGAACGAGAUCCUUGAGCUGUUCGGCCGGAUGUUCUUCGAGUUCUGCCAGGACUCCGGCUACGACAAGAUCCUGCAAGUGCUCGGGGCGACGCCUAGGGACUUCUUGCAGAACUUGGACGCCCUUCACGAUCAUUUAGGCACUUUGUACCCAGGAAUGAGGGCGCCCUCUUUCCGUUGCACCGAGAGGCCCGAGGAUGGAGCACUCAUAUUACAUUAUUACUCCGAUCGACCUGGUUUGGAACACAUUGUGAUUGGCAUCGUUAAGACCGUGGCGAAAAAGCUUCACGGCACGGAUAUAGAGAUGCGAAUAUUGAAGACGAAAAACGAAUGUGAUCACGUGCAAUUUUUGAUCACAAACACAUCUGGUCCUGGGGUCGUUUCCAAUCCCAUGAUCACUGAACUGGAGACCUUAUCUGUGGAACCAAAAGUCAGUCCCAUGACGUUCUGCCGGGUAUUUCCAUUCCACUUGAUGUUCAACCGGGACCUCACCAUAGUUCAAACUGGAUGCACCAUAACGCGGGUAAUACCACAAGUGAGCUCUGGGAAUUGCAAGUUGAAUGACAUCCUCCUUACUGUGAGACCACACUUAGAACUGACGUUCGAGAACAUACUGUCACACAUAAACACGGUUUACGUAUUGCGAACGAAGAAGGGAGUGAUGCGAGUCGAUGCUUCGGAAGAGUACUCGUAUUUGCGUUUGAAAGGGCAAAUGUUGUACAUACCCGAGUCAGACCUCGUCACCUUCCUUUGCUAUCCCAGCGUCAUGAACUUGGAUGACCUAACCAGGCGGGGCCUGUACCUGAGAGACAUCCCCCUUCACGACGCCACCAGAGAUCUCGUACUGAUGUCGGAGCAAUUCGAGGCUGAUUACAAAUUAACGAGGAACUUGGAAUUGCUUACCGAUAAAUUGCAGCAGACGUAUCGCGAGCUCGACGGCGAGAAGCAGAAAACCGACAGGUUGUUGUACUCCGUGCUGCCUAUUUCCGUGGCCAACGAGCUCAGGCAUUCGAGGCCGGUUCCGGCAAAGAAAUACGACUGCGUGACCCUGUUGUUCUCCGGGAUCGUCGGUUUUGGGGCCUACUGCGCCGCUCACACGGACUCCAGUGGCGCGAUGAAAAUCGUCAACAUGCUCAAUCAGCUGUACACUGCGUUCGACGUGCUCACCGAUCCGAAGAAGAACCCGAACGUGUACAAGGUCGAAACUGUUGGUGACAAAUACAUGGCCGUGAGCGGAUUACCGGAACCAUGUCGUUGCCAUGCACGGUGCAUCGCCCGCCUAGCAUUGGAUAUGAUGGAUCUGGCUGCGGACGAGGUGCAGAUCGAUGGCGAGCCUGUGAAAAUCACCAUCGGGAUCCAUAGCGGUGAGGUCGUGACAGGGGUAAUUGGACACCGUAUGCCUCGUUACUGCCUGUUUGGAAACACUGUGAAUCUUACCAGCCGCACAGAAACCACUGGGGAACCGGGAAAGAUAAAUGUCUCCGAGGAUGCAUACAGAUACCUGUGCAUGCCCGAGAAUCAAGAUUCUCAAUUUCUGCUGGAGUACAGGGGACCAGUAACAAUGAAGGGCAAGUCGGAACCUAUGAACGUUUGGUUCCUGUCCAGAGAGAGGGAGCUAUCGGCGUAGAUCCGCGACUUCUACGUCGUCCGCCAUCUUAGCAAUAUUUUUGCGCCUCAGCUCGAACUCUUUAUUCACUUAGCGCACUACACAGAAGAAAAAGGGAAUACAAUUUUUACGGUUCUAAUAUUCUAUAAACGAGCGCUGUUCGAAAGUCAUACAAAACACAAGCUGUAAGAAGUACCUUUGUAUCGUGCGACGGUUAACCCUCGGGUAACUUCUUGUGAACUCCGAGCUUCAAAAAAUUCCCCAGAUACUCGAUUUUCACUAGAUCCAAAUCAAAUUGACGAUUAGCAAUCGUGCAGGAGAAAAUCUUUCAUAACGCGUUUGCCAAUCGCAGGUUACACGCGAUGAAUUACGGUAACCACCUGGAAUAACCCCAUACUUUAACGAGUAUUGCGAAACAGAGAUGGAAAUUUCCACCACACAUGCUUCCUGAAGCAAUAAAAUCAAACGUAAGAACGUUUCACCGACAUUGCGACACUUAUUCGCGUUUCUCUUCGUUACCACCAUAAGAAUUCUCUUGCUACAUUACCCAGAAGUCACCCAAGGUUUAAGUCGUGCCAGAAUAAAAGCGGUUCUUCGUUAAUGUAUCUUGACGUCCACAAUGGCAAUCUCGAAUCUCCACGUCCAGUUUCCAAUCUAACGACCAGUGUUUACUAGCUGUAAAUGUAAGAAGCAAUCAAAUAUAUAUGUCAACGACACUUGACAGCCUGUCCAUUGGCGUUACGCGAGACUCCUAUUCUGCGUUCCCUCUCCCGCAGUUCAGGUUAGUCCGCUUGCUUCGCGUCAGAGGUCGCCAUCGCGGAGCGACCUCACCCUUAAGCGGGAAAAAAAGAAAACGGGUAGUCGCGGCCUCUGGGCUGGAAUGUCUCGAAGCUGGAAGGUGUAACGGAACCUGUUCUACUCCCCGGCACGUCCCACGCACUUCGCAAGGUCAAUACAUCGAAGCCAUCGUGCGCAACACCCGAUCCGCGGCACAGAUUCCAGCGAUCAUUUUUCCUCUUUUCUACGUGGAAUAUCUCAAUGCAACGCUUCGUCUUGCGAAAGUAAUAUAUCACGCUUGUUAGGAACCGGCCGACUGUCCUGGUUCUUUCACACGAUCUUGCAUCCUGCGCACGCGUACAGCACGUACACUACUAGCCAAAAGUUCGCAAUCCCUGCGUAAUCCUCCAAACCCAAAUUGUAAAAAGAAUUUUUUAAUAUCUGACAACGUUGUCGUCUCGAUUGUUUAAGCGAACAACCGGGAUGGUUAUUACGACUGAUACUUGUGUUUCAAAUUAACGUCAGAAUUGGCGGGAGAUUCGAUAUAUGUACAAGCGCGAAAGUGAAUUUAAAUUUUUGGACCACGGUGUAUGUGCUUUAUUAUGACUCGUUCCUCUCGCUGGUGUUUCGUCCCGU